GGAAUAGGGUCGCCUAGCAGCCGCUGCCGCUUAACUUGCUCCGGACCGGUUGGCGGGAUCCAGUGUCGGAUUGGAACCGCGCUGGGGAGUGGUCAGGCGUGGCGGCGGGGCCCGGCUUGGGGUCAAUUUCGGCCAUCCGAGCACCUCCGCACUUCGCACCAUUAGAUGUUCGCGCGCCUUGGUGGUAAAGCACGGUGAAAGAAUUCAAGAUGCCACCUAAUAUAAACUGGAAAGAAAUAAUAAAAGUCGAUCCAGAUGACCUGCCUCGUCAAGAAGAAUUGGCAGAUAAUUUAUUGAUUUCCUUAUCCAAGGUGGAAGUAAAUGAGCUAAAAAGUGAAAGUCAAGAAAAUAUGAUACACCUUUUCAGAAUUACUCAGUCACUAAUGAAGAUGAAGGCUCAAGAAGUAGAGCUAGCUUUGGAAGAAGUUGAAAAAGCUGGAGAAGAACAAGCAAAAUUUGAAAAUCAAUUAAAAACUAAAGUAAUGAAACUGGAAAAUGAACUGGAGAUGGCACAACAGUCUGCAGGUGGACGUGACACUCGGUUUUUACGUGAUGAAAUUCGCCAACUUGAAAAGCAAUUGGAACAAAAAGAUAGAGAAUUGGAGGACAUGGAAAAGGAGUUGGAAAAAGAGAAGAAAGUUAAUGAACAAUUGGCUCUUCGAAAUGAGGAAGCAGAAAAUGAAAACAGCAAAUUAAGAAGAGAGAACAAACGUCUGAAGAAAAAGAAUGAACAGCUUCGUCAGGAUAUUAUUGACUAUCAGAAACAAAUAGAUUCACAAAAAGAAACACUUUUAUCAAGAAGAGGAGAAGACAGUGACUACCGAUCACAGUUGUCUAAAAAAAAUUCUGAACUUGUCCAAUAUCUGGAUGAAAUUCAGACUUUAACAGAAGCUAAUGAGAAAAUUGAAGUUCAGAAUCAAGAAAUGAGAAAAAAUUUAGAAGAGUCUGUGCAGGAAAUGGAGAAGAUGACUGAUGAAUAUAAUAGGAUGAAAGCUGUUAUACAUCAGACAGAUAAUAUAAUGGACCAGUUAAAAAAAGAAAAUGAUCAUUAUCGGCUUCAAGUUCAGGAGCUUACAGAUCUUCUGAAAGCGAAAAGCGAGGAAGAUGAUCCAGUCAUGGUAGCUGUCAAUGCAAAAGUAGAAGAAUGGAAGUUAAUUUUGUCUUCUAAAGAUGAUGAAAUUAUUGAAUAUCAGCAAAUGUUACAUAACCUGAGGGAGAAACUGAAAAAUGCCCAGCUUGAUGCUGAUAAAAGUAAUGUUAUGGCUCUACAACAGGGUGUGCAAGAACGAGAUAAUCAAAUUAAGAUGCUCACUGAGCAAGUAGAACAGUAUACAAAAGAAAUGGAAAAAAAUACUUUUAUUAUUGAAGAUUUAAAAAAUGAGCUCCAAAGAAACAAAGGUGCUUCAACACUUUCUCAACAGACUCAUUAUAUGAAAAUUCAGUCUAAGAUUCAAAUUUUGGAAGAGAAAACUAAAGAGGCUGAGAGAACAGCUGAACUGGCUGAGGCUGAUGCUAGGGAAAAGGAUAAAGAACUCGUUGAGACUCUGAAGCGAUUAAAAGAUUAUGAAUCAGGAGUAUAUGGUUUAGAAGAUGCUGUUAUUGAAAUAAAGAAUUCUAAAAACCAAAUUAAAAUAAGAGAUCGAGAGAUUGAAGUGUUGACAAAGGAAAUCAAUAAACUUGAGUUGAAGAUAAAUGAUUUCCUUGAUGAAAAUGAGGCACUCAGAGAGCGUGUGGGCCUUGAACCGAGGACAAUGAUUGAUUUAACUGAAUUUAGAAACAGCAAAAAUUUAAAACAGCAGCAGUAUAGAGCUGAAAACCAGAUUCUUUUGAAAGAGAUUGAAAGUUUAGAGGAAGAGCGACUUGAUCUGAAAAGAAAAAUUCGCCAAAUGGCUCAAGAAGAAAGAAAAAGAGCUAUAACUUCAGGAUUGACUAUUGAAGACCUAAACUUAACUGAAAACUUUUCUCAAGAGAAUAGAAUGGGAGAAAGAAAAUUUGAUUUCAUUAACCUCAAAGAUAUGAGUGAAGCGCAAUCAAAGAAUGAAUUUCUUUCGAGAGAAGUAAUUGAAAAGGAAAGAGAUUUAGAAAGAAGUAGAACAAUUAUAGCCAAAUUUCAGAACAAAUUAAAAGAAUUAGUUGAAGAAAAUAAGCAACUUGAAGAAGGUAUGAAGGAAAUAUUGCAAGCUAUUAAGGAAAUGCAGAAAGAUCCUGAUAUUAAAGGAGGAGAGACAUCUCUAAUUAUCCCUAGUCUUGAAAGACUAGUUAAUGCCAUAGAAUCAAAGAACGCAGAAGGAAUCUUUGAUGCCAAUCUGCACUUGAAAGCGCAAGUUGAUCAACUUACUGGAAGGAAUGAGGAGUUGAGACAGGAGCUCAGGGAAUCUCGGAAGGAGGCUAUAAAUUAUUCUCAGCAGUUGGCAAAAGCAAAUCUAAAGAUAGAUCAUCUUGAAAAAGAAACCAGUCUUUUACGACAAUCAGAAGGAUCAAAUGUUGUUUUUAAAGCAGUCGACUUACCUGAUGGGAUAGCGCCAUCUAGUGCCAAUAUCAUCAAUUCUCAGAAUGAAUAUUUAAUACAUAUCUUACAGGAAUUAGAAUAUAAAGAAAAUAAAUUAAAGAAUUUAGAAGAUUCCCUUGAAGACUAUAACAGAAAAUUUGCAGUAAUUCGUCAUCAACAAAGCUUAUUAUAUAAAGAAUAUCUGAGUGAAAAGGAGACCUGGAAAAUAGAAUCUGAAAGAAUGAAAGAGGAAAAGAGAAAACUUGAGGAUCAAAUCCAACAGGAUGCUAUAAAAGUAAAAGAAUAUAAUAAUUUGCUCAGUGGUCUUCAGAUGGAUUCAGAUGGAAUGAAAAAAGUACUUUCAGAAAACAGUAGAAAAAUCACAGUCUUGCAAGUGAAUGAAAAGUCACUCGUAAGGCAGUAUACUACUUUAGUAGAAAUGGAGCGACAACUGAGAAAAGAAAAUGAGAAACAGAAGAAUGAAUGGAUAGCAAUGGAGGCUGAAGUUGGUGAAAGAAUUGGACAUUUGCAGCGAUUUAAGGAAAUGGCCAUGUUCAAGAUUGCAGCUCUCCAAAAAACUAUAGAUAAUAGUGUCUCUCUGUCUGAACUAGAAUUGGCCAAUAAACAAUACAAUGAACUGACUGCUAAGUACAGGGACAUCUUGCAAAAAGAUAAUAUGCUUGUUCAAAGAACAAGUAACUUGGAACACCUAGAGUGUGAAAAUACAUCCCUAAAAGAGCAAAUAGAAUCUCUAAAUAAAGAAUUGGAGAUUACCAAGGAAAAACUUCACACUAUUGAACAAGCCUGGGAACAAGAAACUAAAUUAGGAAAUGAAUCUAACAUGGAUAAGGCAAAGAAAUCAAUAACCAACAGUGAGAUUGUCUCUAUUUCCAAAAAAAUCACUAUGCUGGAGAUGAAGGAAUUAAACGAAAGGCAGCGGGCUGAACAUUCUCAAAAAAUGUACGAACACAUGAGGACUUCAUUAAAGCAAAUGGAAGAACGUAAUUUUGAAUUGGAAACUAAAUUUGCUGAGCUCACCAAAAUCAACUUGGAAGCACAGAAGGUGGAACAGAUGUUAAGAGAUGAAUUAGCUGAUAGUGUGAGCAAGACCGUAAGUGAUGCUGAUAGGCAACGGAUUCUAGAAUUAGAAAAGCAUGAAAUGGAACUAAAAGUUGAAGUGUCAAAACUGAGAGAGAUUUCUGAUAUUGCCAAAAGGCAAGUUGAAAUUUUGACUGCGAAGCAACAAUCCAGGGAAAAGGAAGUUGAGUCCAUCAGGAUGCAGCUGUUGGACUAUCAGGCACAGUCUGAUGAAAAGGCACUAAUUGCCAAGUUGCACCAACACAUUGUCUCUCUUCAAAUUAGUGAGGCUGCUGCUCUUGGUAAGUUGGAGUCUGUUACAUCUAAACUGCGGAAGACCGAGACCUGUAAUUUGCGCUUAGAGCAGAAACUCGAUGAGAAAGAACAGGCCCUCUAUUACGCCCGUCUGGAGGGCAGAAACAGAGCAAAGCAUCUGCGCCAAACAAUCCAGUCUCUGCGACGACAGUUCAGUGGAGCUUUACCUUUGGCACAACAGGAAAAGUUCUCUAAAACAAUGAUUCAAUUACAAAAUGACAAACUUAAGAUAAUGCAAGAAAUGAAAAAUUCUCAACAAGAACAUAGAAGUAUGGAGAACAAAACAUUGGAGAUGGAAUUGAAGUUAAAGGGACUGGAAGAGUUAAUAAGCACUUUAAAGGAUGCCAGGGGAGCCCAAAAGGUAAUCGAUUGGCAUAUGAAAAUAGAAGAACUUCGUCUUCAAGAGCUUAAACUAAAUCGAGAAUUAGUCAAGGAUAAAGAAGAAAUAAAAUAUUUAAAUAAUAUUAUUUCUGAAUAUGAGCAUACAAUAAGCAGUCUGGAGGAAGAAAUUGUGCAGCAGAAUAAGUUUCAUGAAGAAAGACAGAUGGCCUGGGAUCAAAGAGAAGUUGAGCUGGAACGUCAACUAGACAUUUUUGACCGUCAGCAAAAUGAAAUACUAAACGCAGCACAAAAGUUUGAAGAGGCUACAGGAUCAAUGCCAGACCCGAGUUUGCCCCUUCCAAAUCAACUUGAGAUUGCUCUAAGAAAAAUUAAGGAGAAUGUUCGAAUAAUCCUAGAAACGCGGGCAACUUGCAAAUCACUAGAAGAGAAGCUAAAGGAAAAAGAAUCUGCUUUAUGGUCAGCAGAGCAAAAUAUUCUGUCGAGAGACAAAGUAAUCACUGAACUGAGGCUUCGAUUGCCUGCCACUGCAGAACGAGAGAAGCUUAUAGCUGAGCUUGGCAGAAAAGAGGUGGAACCAAAAUCUCAUCACACAUUGAAAAUUGCCCAUCAGACCAUUGCAAACAUGCAAGCAAGGUUAAAUCACAAGGAAGAAGUGUUAAAGAAGUAUCAGCGUCUUCUGGAAAAAGCCAGAGAGGAACAAAGAGAAAUUGUUAAGAAACAUGAGGAAGACCUUCAUAUUCUUCAUCAUAAAUUAGAACUACAGGCUGAUAGUUCACUCAAUAAGUUCAAACAAACAGCUUGGGAUUUAAUAAAACAGUCUCCUACUCCAGUUCCCACCAACAAGCAUUUUCUUCGUCUGGCUGAGAUGGAGCAGACAGUAGCAGAACAAGAUGACUCUCUCUCCUCACUUUUAGUCAAACUGAAAAAAGUAUCUCAAGAUUUAGAGAGACAAAAAGAAAUCACUGAAUUAAAAAUCAAAGAAUUUGAAAGUACCAAAUUACGGCUCCAAGAAACCCAUGCAGAUGAAGUGAAAAAAGUGAAAGCAGAAGUAGAGGAUUUAAGGUAUCUUCUGGCCCAGUCACAAAAGGAGACAGAGAAUUUAAAAUCUGAACUUCAGGUUCAAAAAGAAGCAAAUUCAAGAGCUCCAACAACUACAAUGAGAAAUCUAGUAGAACGGCUAAAGAGCCAAUUAGCCUUAAAAGAGAAACAGCAAAAAGCACUUAGUCGAGCACUUUUGGAACUCCGGGCAGAAAUGACAGCAGCAGCUGAAGAACGCAUUAUUUCUGCAACUUCUCAGAAAGAGGCAAAUCUCAAUGUUCAACAAAUUGUUGAUCGGCAUACUAAAGAGCUAAAGUCACAAGUUGAGGAUUUAAGUGAAAAUCUCUCAAAAUUAAAAGAAGCUCUUAAAACAAGUAAAAGCAGAGAAAGCUCACUAACUGAUAAUUUGAAUGACUUAACCAAUGAACUGCAAAAAAAACAAAAAGCCUAUAAUAAAAUGCUUAGAGAGAAGGAUGAGAUUGAUCAAGAGAAUGAUGAACUGAAAAGGCAAAUUAAAAGACUAACAAAUGGAUUACAGGGCAAAUCUUUGAUAGAUAAUAAACAAAGUUUAAUUGAAGAACUCCAAAAGAAAAUUAAAAAGCUAGAAAGCCAGCUGGAAAGAAAGAUGGAUGAGGCAGAAAUAAAGCCUAUGAAAGAAAAGAGUACUAGAGAAGAAUUAAUUAGGUGGGAAGAGGGUAAAAAAUGGCAAACCAAAAUAGAGGGAAUGCGAAACAAGUUAAAAGAGAAAGAGGGAGAAGUCUAUGUUCUAACAAAGCAGUUGAAUACUUUGAAGGAUCUUUUUGCCAAAGCUGAUAAAGAGAAACUUACUUUGCAGAGGAAACUAAAAGCAACUGGCAUGACUGUUGAUCAAGUUAUGGGAGUGCGAGCUUUGGAGUCAGAAAAAGAGUUGGAAGAAUUAAAAAAGAGAAAUGUUGACUUAGAAAAUGACAUAUCAUAUAUGAGGACCCAUCAAGCUCUUCCUCGAGAUUCUGUUAUAGAAGAUUUACGUUUACAAAAUAAAUACCUCCAAGAAAAACUUCACACUUUAGAAAAACAGUUUUCAAAGGAUGCGUAUUCUGGGCCUUCAAACCUGUUAUGUGACACAACUACGCUUUCUACCCUUGCUACCAAUGUUAAUAAAUACAGGCAUAAUAUCUUUCACAAAAAGAACACUUUACACAGGAACAAAAAAAAACCCAUAACAGUGCUCAGAAUUAAAAAUGGGAAGGGAAUAGAUGCCAGUGACAACUUAUAUCAUCAGGUACCUAGAAAUAUUUUGCAGUGUUACAAUAAUGAAGAAAAACACAAAGCAGAAGAUAUUGUGGAUUCUACUGAGUUAAAUAAAUCUGAGGUAAGACCAAUCGAUGAAUCAAGUCCAUUUGGAUCAAAUAAUGGUACUUUGGCAGAGUUUAACUCCAAUUUUGAAAAUGAAGCAGAUCCUGAAAUUGAGAAAAUUAAUCAAGACUGUUGUGAAAAUGAUAAACAGGAACAUAAAAAUAAGGAAGAGAAUGAGCUAGGCGAGAAUGAGAAAGGAAAGGGAAACAUAGCUGAAGAUGUGAGUCACAACAGCCACAUGGAUCCAGAAGAGUCUACCGGGGAGGACCGUGAUUCUGCCGCCGUUGCUGCUGCACUGACUCAGUGUGCUGAGGAGGAUGCACAGGCGAACUCUGAAACUGACGCACCAGGCCAGCGAAGAAAUGAAGUGUCCCAGGUUUGAGGACAUGGCAGUCUGUUUCUUUGUUAGCUGAGUUUUCUUAUAGCAAGUAGUAUACAUAUAUGGUGCAAAUGGAAAACAAAAUUGUACAGGAUUUGUAAAAAAUAUUAACUGUUAAUAAACUUCUCCUGAAACUCUAACAUCUGACUAGUUCCUUCAAAAGGUUAGUGGUUAAGCAUUUCCUAUUCAGUUUACUACUCACCUUUUACCAUUGGUGCUCACUUAAAAAGUAAUAGAUUAGAUAAUACAAUAACAAAAAUAAGGCACUUUAGAGAUGCUUGUUUUGCCUUAGAAAUUUCUAAUUCGGCAUGCUGUAAAAUCUUAACUACAAGUAAAAUUUCACUACAAUGAAUACAUUGGUAAAAAUUGUUAUGAUGCUAUGUGACAUUCUAACAUGCAUAGCAACUUCCUUUGGUGGUCUUUUGUCAUGUAUUGUAACAGAUACUACUUUACGAUGAGAAAAGGGAGCUUACAUGUAUUGCUGCCUAAUAUGUUAGGCUCUGUGCUUAGGUAUAAUUUUCACAGUACUUUGCAGAAUAUCAUUCCUAUUUUACUUGGGAAGCUUGAAGAAUAAGUAACAUCUCUAGUGAUCAAGAAGAUGCAGAGCCAGGGUUUAAAUGCAGGUCUGCUCUACCGUUUAUGACCUUCCUAUGUAUACAAUACUUUUGGUCGGUUUAUGUGCAGUACAGAAUAUGAAAAGGUUGUUGCUUGUUGAAAUCAAAAUAGUAUUUAUCUUUUUUUCUUUAUCCUUUCCACCUCAGAUAUUCCAGUCCCCCUAAGUUUAACUCCCAUCCACUAAGAAUUUGAUUUCUAGCAGUGUAUACCUUUUAACAGAACUCCUCUUCUGUAAAACAAUUUGCAAAUCUCCUAAAAUUCAUUAUGUACAAGAAUUUUAUUUAUAUUACUCUCAUAGAAUAGGUUCAUUAGAAUUUAGUUUCCAGAAAUUUGGACAAUUUCAACUAAUGCUUUUAGUUUUGUGUUUUGAGAAUAAGAGGAAAAAAAUGAUCCACACUCAGUUACAUAAAUAAUUGUAUCUAUAUUUUAGUGAGGGGAACUGUGUUAAAAAAAUGUAUUCAUAUGCAGUCAUCAGGGAGAAUUAUGGUCUUCUGUAAGUGAUAUUUAAUGUAUUUUAUAUCUGUCAUUCAGUGGUACUCAUAGGUGGUUAUCAUUUGUUAAAAUCAAAUAGCUGUCACAGACAGAAGAGACAAAGUGAGGGAGACAGAAGAGCUCAGGGACAGGGAAUUACAGAUUUCCAUGUCUGGAGAGACCUUAAAAAUUAUCCUGUCUCCUGCCUUCGUUUGUAAGACGCAAAACCUAGGGAGCUUGCCAGUGGCCUAAUUUGCCUAGUUAACCUAAUAGUAAUAGAAUCAGAAUGUGUACUUGGG